UAUAAAAAAAAUCAUGCUUAAAUGCUCAUUUUAGCUCUGAAAGUUGAACACUAUUUCUACCUCUCGAACAAAAACACCCGAAAGGAACUGAUGUCGACAGGUAAAUCGCAAAUUGAAGUGGUUAAAGCUAAUGGAUUUUCUACUUUAGAGAAAGGCAGUUCCUCUCGUACAUCUACGUAUGAGGAUCUUGUCCAAAAUCCUGAACUUUUUUGGGAUACGCUCCGAGAUUUUUUCCAAUCUUCUGGGCAAGAAUUUAAGAUUCCUGUUGUGGGUGGAAACAGUCUCGAUCUGCAUCGGCUGUUCAUUGAGGUCACAUCUCGUGGUGGUCUUGAAAAUGUGAUCAACGAUCGCAGAUGCAAAGAAGUGAUUGAAGUUUUUAAGUUUAAGACAGUGGUAACAAAUGCAGCACAUGUUUUAAAGACUAAGUAUCGUAAAACGCUCCUUGAGUUUGAGCAUGUGUACUUCAAAGCUCCGCGCUCUACAUUUCAGGGGAAUGAGAAAGCACUGAAGCGCCCUGUCGACAAAUCUGCAAAGCGUGGCAAUGGGACCAUUGAUGGGAAGUUCGAAAGCAGUUACCUGGUAACCAUGAAGAUGGGCUCAAAAGAGUUCAAAGGAGUGAUCUUCCACACUUCUUCUCAAGACGAUCCUACAGCUCGUAGGAAUAAGAGAGCCAAGUCAUCUCAUGGACGACCUAAGUUCCCAAGAAGCAGUUAUAACUUCUUCUUUGCCGAGCAACACGCGAGGAUUAAAGCUGAGGGCGGUGGACGAAAGGGACCUUUCACCAAGGAAAUUGCGGAAAUGUGGAAUAAUCUCUCUGAAUCUGCUAAACAGGUUUAUCAAGAGAAAUAUCGUAAGGAUAAGGAGAGGUACAACAAGGAGUCGUUACAGCACAAAGCUUCAAAGGAUUCUUAUGCGGCGGAAAUGGUAGCUGCGACUGAUGCAGUGGAAACUGUAGCUGAGACCAAUGCAACAGAUACUGUAGCUUCCGUCAAUGCAGCGGAAACUGUAGCUGCGACCAAUGCUGCGGAAGCUGUAGCUGAGGCCGAUGCAGCGGAAACUGUAGCUGCGACUGAUGCAGCUGCAAGUGCAAGUGCAUGGGAGACUGUGGGAAAGGAAAGUGAGUAGUUUUAAUUUUCUCCAUCGUUCUCUUAUCUAAUUGUUGGAACUUUAUAUUUAUGUUAUGAGAACUUUCGUUUAAUAAUAAGUGGUAGAACUGGCCAUAGGCAACUUUUUCAUUCAA